AUGGACAUCGACGACAUCCUCCGCGAAGUCGACCCCAUCUCGCACCAGAUCCCGCAAGAAACGCGCGACCUGCAAGACCUGACGCGCGCCUGGGUGGCCGAGCGGUCCACGCCCGAACUUCUCCCCUGGCCGUCCAACGGCCUCUUCGAGCGCAUCAACGACAAGAUCAAGCGGCAGAUUGAGCGAGUCGAGGAGAUGACGGGCGACAUGGAUCCCAAAACCAACUUUGCGCUGAUUGUCAUCCAGACGGAGCUGGAGAGGUAUAAAUAUUUGGUGAGGUCGUUUUUGAGGAGUCGGAUUGCGAAGAUCGACAAGCAUUUACUACAUUAUAUAUCCAACGACACCCUCCGAACACGCAUGUCGCAAAUCGAAGAAGCGUACGCGCGCCGACAUCAAUUGCUGCUGCAUAACCACUACCUCAACUCCUUUUUGGGGACGUUCCCUCCGGCGAUGCAGAACCUGAACGAUACGGCGGGGAAUAUCAGCAUGAUUGAUAAUCCGGACCUUGACUCGGCCGUGUUUAUUCGCUUGUUGAAGGACGCGGAGAUUGAGUGUCAUGGUGUCGACGUCGAUGGCGUGCUUACGGGUAAAGAGGGGGAUAUUGUUAUACUGAGAUGGUCAGAUGCGAAGGCGUUGGUGGAGAAGGGGGAUGCUGAGUUGGUUUGA